AUGGAUAAGCAUGAGUCUAAAAGUAGGCAUGCUCAACUACUUCGUCGGGUCAAGAACCGAAUGGACAAUUUGUUAAACAUGGAUGUGUUGGACAGCGAGACUCGGCAACUUCUUGUUAGAGAAGCUAUGCCUCCCUUGCAAACGCCGUCGUCGCGUUUGAAUCUGCCCAACAUUAUAAGAAUGAGUUCCGCACAUAGCCCUUCUAGCGCAUCGAAGCCCUCUCUGACGCCCCUGAAAGCUCAAAAAGGCGAGCAUCCCAAGACGAACGACUCUGACGAGGCUCCCACCUCUUACUUAAGAGCGCGUGUUAAGUCUGGGUCUGGAGACCUCAUCACAUCAAUGGCCAUGAGGUUGAAAGAGUUGGAGAAGACUCAUAAGAUAUAUCAAAACGAGCUCAAAGAGAUGCAUAAAAAAUAUCACGAGCUUCAGGUUUCUUUUCAGAAGGAAUCCCAGAAGUGUGCGGAGGCUGAAGGGCUCCUGGUCGAGCUCUACGACGAAAAAAAGCACCUCGAAGAGCUCAUCCACAGGCAACGUGCGAACGCCCGUGAGGACGCGUGUGGCGACCCCGCGAAGGACGCCCCUCCCGCCCCGUGGAACACCUCAACGUCCCCCGUCGACGUCCAUGAGGAGGAGAGGGGGGUGAGCCCGCGUGAGGCCUCCCCCUGCUCCGAUCACAUCCGCAUCACCGCUGAACGCGGUGUCGUCGACCCUCGCGACCUCCCCUCCUCUCCACCGGGGGCCGAACGCGUGAUGCUCUUCAACCCCUCGCCGAGGGGGGGAAUGGAGGGGAGGGAGGGCGACGCGGCGCGAGCGCGACGGCGACCCUCCGUGGGCCUCGAACCCCUGCUGGACGUCCCGCUGAUGAUCCGAAAUGCCCGCGUGCUGUCGGAUCACGUGGGGUGGAAGGCGGUCGUCGUCGCGGACGGUCAGGGGCGCAUCGCCAACCGCGAAAUCGUGAGCGUGGUGGUCUAUAAAAACGGGAUCAGCGUCAAUAACGGGGCUUUUCGCCCGUUCACGUGGUCGUUGUGUAAGGCCUUUGUGCAGGAUCUUAUGGAGGGCUACUAUCCAUACGAGUUCAAGGAUAGGUAUCCCGGUGGCUUUCCUAUCGAGGUCAUCGAUAAAAGCUCCGAGGAUUGGCAUCCUCCGGCGGACAAACCGAAACCCGUCGCGGCGGGAAACGCCGUCUCGAACCCCUUCCCGCGCAACGUGCACUCGCUGCAGGAAAUGCAGAAUCCGCUUGAUAAGGAAAGGUUUCUUCAGGAGCUGCCCGCGACGAAGGUGACGGCGAACGGCCAUGUUGUUCGUGUUCGGGGCACUAUUGCCUCGCUUCUUCAGGAAGGUGGUUGGGGCCCCCAAGGCCCAAAGGCUGAGAACCAUGUGAGUGAUACAAUUCGCCACGCCACGGUCGCGGAACGCGCGCACCAUACCACCUCCGCAGGAGUAAAGACCCAGGGGAGCAAGGCUGAAACCCCGGAUAACGAUGUGGCAGCCAUGGGAGAUCUCAUCUCGCUUUUGAUUCGACUUCCUAGUGGAGGGAAGGUGGUUAUGCGCAUGUCUCCUGACGAUACCAUCGAGCAGCUUCAUAGGGAGCUGUUAGCAGCCGCACCAGAGAUCAUGCGCACUUACGCGGCCUUUGAGUUCUGUCAAGCGUUCCCGUUCCGUCUGUAUCAUAAGCGGGAAGAAACACUAAAAAAAUUGGGGUUGUCAGGGAAUCGCAUGUUGUUGUUACGUGCGGUGAAAUAA